ACGCACUUUUCAACAAUAGAUAGAUACACACGCACAUCGAUCUUAAGCUGCCAAAUUCGAUUAUAACCCAUGCAUUAAAUUCGGAAUUUUCCAAAGAAAGAACACUUAUUCUGGCAGUCCUAGUAUCCACCGUAUAUUUUAGAUAUGUGUUUCUUUGGCCUUGUUUCGCAGUUCCUGUUCUUUGUUUACGGCACCAUGGGACCCGCCUGGCAAACCUACAAGACCCUGAACAGCGGAGACGAGGAGUUCCUGGCCUGGGCCAAGUACUGGAUAGUGUAUGCCUUCCUGGUCACCUUCGAGGUGCUGGCGGACGUCUUCCUCUCCUGGCUGCCGCUCUACAUGCCCACCAAGUUGCUCCUGGUCCUGUGGAUCGUGCUGUCCGCUCCGGCCGCCAAUGUCUGGAUUUUCGACGCCAUACUGCGUCCGGUGCUGGCCAAGCGGCAGGAGCAGAUCGAUCACUUCCUGCACCGGGGCAAGGAGAAACUCCUGAGCGACGCCAUCGCCUCAAUGACGCAACUGGUGGCACAGAGCCAAAUCGUACUGCCUCUCGUGUCCAACUUCUGGUCGAGAUCGAGCACAGCUCCCCUGCAGGACUCCACUGGAGAAGGAAUUGGAGGCAGGACUUCCGAGGAUUCUGACUCGGCCAACGUCUCUGUCCAAAAUCUGUCCAGUGGUUCCAGUCCCGUUGGCAGCUUAGAGCACCUCCGCGACGACUCUGAUGAGCUUCAGGUGGGCGUUUCGAAGGCUACCACACACCUGCAGGCGGACCAGUCCCAGACCGACGUCUCGUCGGAGUCACCCAGGAUGUUUAAUCGCCGAGCUCAGCGCAAGUUCAAGAAUGCCAUUGCUAUUUCCUCCGCCACCAAGCUGGAGGACCUCCAUGACGAGGUGGAGGAUCUGCUGGCCAAGUCGGGGAUGGAGACCAGCGGCCAGGAAGUCCGUCAGCAGCGUCAACCGGCCAGCCGUCGCCGUCUCUUAGCACAAUCAUUUGUGAAACCCCAAACGGGGUUAUAGUUAUUCCAUUAAUUCAAAACAUAAAUUGGUUUUAAGCAUGGAUA